AUGUGGGUGUCUGUAGCCACAGAAGGACAGUUGCCAUUUCGACGAAACUGGGUCACUCCUCCGUCGGUCGGUCCGUUCAAACCCACCGACAGACGACGACGAAUGGCGUCGAUGCGAAGUGUUGUGGACGAGAUGACGCCGUCGUAUGGUGCACUACGCUAUCCGGGAUGCUCGACGAUCGUUCCGUUUCGAAACGUUCGGCCGUCGAUGGGCCAAUGUGCAACGAUGACAGCCGCGUCAUCUGUUGCUGACCGUAUCGCGGAAAAAAUAUCCGAUUCGUCAUAA